UUUUCAAGCUAAACUAGCAACACUGUGGCGACUCGCGAGGUUGUGUACUAAUAUAAAUGCAAAUAUAAAUUACAAAAAAUUCGUCGCGAGCGGUUGUGUCGGUAAAAAAUAGCGCGUCUCGGCGAAUGACGCAGACCAGAAGAUUCUGCACAUUCUGCUUUCGAAGAUUACAACAACUACGCCGGAUAACCGCAGCAACAGCAGCAGCCGCAGCAACAAAACCAACAACCUAGAGGAGACGGCGCGUCGCAUUAAACUUAGUCGCAAUUAGUCUCUAAAUUCCGAAUAGUUUAUAAAGAACGCCAGCCAUGUCCGACGCCAUCAAGUCCAAUAACAAUGCGUCCGCCGCUCCUCCUGAUCCUGCCGCCGGCGAUGCUGAUCUGCCAGGAUCUGGCAAGACCAGCGAAGUGGCCAGCGGACCAGCUUCACCGCGUGGCGGCAAUCACAACAACAACAACAGCGGCAGCAACACUAAAAGCCACAAACUAAAGUCCACACAGAACAGCAGCGGGGGAGGUAGCAUAGACAAACUGUCACCGGACCAGGAUAUCUACAUCAAUGCCGCCGACGGUCUGCCCAGCCAGCAUCCAUCGCUGCCACCGGAAACGGCCGUGGACAGCGACACAGAGCCGGAGGUGGAUGCUGAUUCGUUCGACGACCUGCCCACCUCGAUAAUCGUGACCAAUAUCCACUCGGAGGUGUUUGCCAAUCCGGAGCUGAAGCACGCCAUGGAGGAGCUCUUUCGCACAUUCAGCGAGUCGGCCACGUUCCAGUGGCUAAGGAGCUUCCGGCGGCUAAGGGUUAACUACGAUAAUGCCAUUGCGGCGGCCAAUGCGCGGAUCAAGCUGCAUCAGUACGAGUUCAACAAGAAGACGGUCAUCACCUGCUACUUUGCACAGCCUGUGACACCGGUUAGCAACAAGAACCUGCAACCGCCGGCGCCGGUCAAACAGUUCCUCAUCUCGCCGCCCGCCUCGCCGCCAGCCGGCUGGGAGCCACGGGAGGAGGGUGAGCCGCUGGUCAACCACGAUCUGCUGGCCGCCCUGGCCAGCCUCACGCCCGGCGAGUCGCACGAGCUGCAUCCGCAGAGCGAGGACCAGCCGGCCAUCAUUGUGCACACGGCAAUGCUGCCCGAGGGAGGCGCUGGUCCAGGUCUUGCUCCGGCCAAGGCGCCGAUAGUCCAGACCAAGUGUCCGGAGCGGGCAUAAUCCGGGACGAGGAGAGAUUCGACAAAGCAGCUCGAUUGAAGCUGAUUAACGAAACCUGAGUUGUACAUCCAAAACGAAGGGGGCGGCAUUAAAGGGUUUGGGACCCGGGGCUUUGAUUGAGUAUUUUUUGUAAAUAUUUUCAAAUUCAAUUGUGAUUAAUUUACACAUACAUAAAUUUAGCUACGUUCGCGUAUGUUUGUAUUAUUAGGCACUCGAACUCCUCCCUAACCGCCCUUCCCUUUACCCCAUCAAGUGUAGCAUUUAUCCCCAAAACAGGCUUCUGAUGAGUUCAUGAGUUCCCCGCCUCUAGAUGUGUGUUUAUCUCUCGAUAUUGAGUCUAUGUGUAAGAAUAUCGUCUAGACGGACUACCUGUUAACCAUAUAUCUCUAUCUCUGUGUACCUUCGAUGGAAAAUCGCUGCUGCCAGAGAGAGGCGCUGUCGAGAACCGCGAUCCGAGAUCCCUCACAUAAAGCUACUACUACUAUAUCUUCUAUGUAAAUGUUAAUGUAAUUUUAAGCCAGCGAACGGUAUCGCAUCAGAUAUCGGACAUGCAUACGUAUAUAAAUGUAUAAUGCCUACGUGUAGUUAAAAUUUAAAUUGAAAAUAUAUUCAAAUUCGAAAUGAAUGUUCUCAAAUGUACCAAAACCAAAAAAUAGAAAAAGAAAACAAACGAAAUACCAAAAAACGAAACAAAAACAGAAAAAACCGAAACAAACAA